AUGGAAAAGCUUGAAUCUGAACCAUCUACAGAUUUAAGCAAAAUGGGCAUUAGACUCAUGCGCAAAGAUGAUUUAGUUCUAGUUUCUUCCUCAUCGCGUGGUUCAAGAUCUCCAGAAAAUUUUCAAAUGCACUUCAAACAAAUUCGUCUACCAUCCUCUGUUAAACAAGUUUUAUCUGUUGCAGUUGAUUUGACAGGAUUUCAUGUUUUAUGUGAAAAACAGUCACGUGUUCAUUUGCUUCGGAUUAGUUGUGUUGGUAAACUUUUGAGCGAUCAUCCUAUCCCAUUCAAUUUUGGAGCUUUAACACAAAAUAAAAAAGAUGAUUCUUAUGAGUGUAUGACUACAGUUCAAAAGUUUGGUGAUGAAACAAUUUUACUGUUGAAUGAUGGCUUUGGUGGAGGCUUUCAACCACUUUUACGGAACAUAUCUGGUGGAUACAAGCAAUUAUCUUAUACUGGUUUAGGCCGAAUUCUUCAAUAUGGAAUGGGUAUAAGAUAUUUUGCAUCAUCUGGUGAGAUUAAGAGUGCUAGUAUAUGUUCAGAACAAAUUAGCAUUGACAAGAAGAACAACAGCUUGAAUAAAAACGCCAAUCGAACUCUUUUGAUGGUUGCGUUAGUUUCUCCAAGCCCUGAAUGUGCACUUUCUGAUUUUGGUUCACUUAUGCAGGCUAUUUUUUUCUGGCAGCCUGCUAUCGUUUGUGAACAAAUCGAAGGAAAUCGAAAUAUUUUUCAUGUUGCCGUUCAAAAUGCUUACAGCAAAACAAAUGCCGACCAAGCUGAUGUUGAUGCUACUGAUUCACGUUUAUCAACAGCCUCGCAAAAAUCUGACACUGUUGAGGCGGAUGCUGUUAAAACACGUUAUGAACGCAAAUGGCAAGAAAUGUUAAGUUCCGCUCCAACAACAAGAGCAAAAGCACAUCAACAGCAGCAACUCCUAAACGAACUAACUUCUGAAAUUUCUAAAAAAGAUUCUUCCCCUGAAACAGGCAAAAAUGAAUCGGAAAGUGCUGAGUCAUCUGAUCUUAUCAAUAAAAGGAUUCCUAUAGCUGCCAAGGAAAGACAAGCUAAUUUAAUUGAAAUAAUUCGUGAAUUAUGCAAAAACGCCGUAGUACGUGAAUACUUUAUUGAUUUAAUGCGACAACGUGACAUCAAUGGGCAUAGUCCAUUUGAAACUGCGAUAUAUCAACGUGCAUAUUCAGCUGCCCAAUUGAUGUGGCAAACUGCAAUUGAUGUUAAGGACUGGAGCCAAGAUGUUGUUGAUAUAUUAAUGCCAAGCGUUGGAUCUGACGAUACAAAUGAAGAUUCUUCACUUUUUAUUCUUUGUGCUAAUGAUACAUGCAGUUACACUUGGACAGGCGAAGAGCAUACACCUCAAAAAAUUUAUGAAUGCAAAACAUGUGGACUUGUAGGGACUCUUUGUUGUUGUACUGAAUGCGCCCUCCUUUGUCAUAGAAAUCAUGACUGUAAGUGA